UCACUCAAAUCGAAAUGACCUACACUACGCGAUUCGAUUUUCAGACAUGAAAAUGUGAUCCAACGUUGUCCACAAUUUAAAGAAGAGCCAAAACUUUCCUUUCUGCUUCGGAAAAACCCUAGAGGAUGUCGCCCAACCACCGAGGCAAGGGUGUUCUGCCACUCACCAUGGAGGAAGAAACACCAUCACAACUCCAACAAAUGGAAAAUCACGUCGACACGCUGCCUCUUGUCGACGUAGCUGAGUCCAGUGAUGCCCAACAACUAAGGGCUGAAGACACAAAAAAGAGGAAAACGGUGGCGGAACCAUCUCAAUAUGAUGCACGUUUCAACUGUUCUAUUUGCCGUUCCGUCUCUACAGGCUCCGGACCACACCGUCCCUGCUUCCUAGAAUGCGGCCAUGUCUUCGGGUUUGACUGCAUUACUACCUGGCUGGCACCCGGCUACCAACCCUUCUGUCCAACCUGCAAGAAGAUGGCGCACCCUAGUGAUGUGAGGUGCCUUUAUGGCACAACAAAUAGGGAAGAAUUGCUCAAGGAGGCCAAGCAGCGUAUCGAAGAAGGUGAAAAACGAAUAGCCCAGCUGCGCCAGACAUUUAAGAAUGAGCUCGAGUUGAGCCAGCUGCUAUUCAAGUGCUUGGAAUCUUAUCAUCAAGCUGCAUAUGGUUUAGGGAGCCCGGACGCCAUGCCUUAAACCUGGUUUUGGCGUGUAACUCACAGAAUCAUCCACAAAUAUGAUGGGCUUGUCAUCAUCCUUUUUGAUAGAUUUCUAGCUACCAAACUAUGUUUCGAUGUUUUAACGGUCGCUAAAUAUAUGACUAGAUUUCUAGGAAAUCUUAUUUUUGCUAAAACUACUAACUUUAGAUUUCCAUUGAAUCUUUUAUGUGGAUGUAAACAGUGAGAUCUCUAGGGCCUGGAAUACCUUUUUGAUCAUUAUUAUAAUAUGGUGUUGACUAUGGGUAUAAACUUCAAA